AUGACAACUGAUACACCUAUAUCUGAAAAUUCAACCGAAAUUACUUCUGUACCUUCAACUAAUGUAUUGACAACAGGAAUAAGAAUUUCUGAAAUUUCAAUAGAUACCUAAUCGACAAGUGAAACAACAAAUACAAUAGCACCAACUGAAAUAUUUUUAGACUCAACAUUAACUUAAACUUAAUUAACUAACUAUUAAGAAUAAUCUACUUCUACUGUGGCUCCUGAAGUAACCUAUGAUGAAAUUACUACAGAAACGACAAUAGAAUAAACUUCAUAAUCUACAUAAACUUCAAUAUCAACUGAGGAAUAAUCCACAACUGUUGAAUCCACUUCAACAUAAACUCAAAUAUAAACAGAUACAACUACUCCAAUUCCUGAAGAUACUACAGACUUUUCUAUGACUCAUAUUACUACUGACUCAAAUGUACCAAUUACAUCAGUCUCAUAAAGCUCUACUUCAGCACCUUCUACUACUGAAGAAAUUACAGAAUAAUUAACCACAUCAAUUCCUAUCACUAGCAUAUAAAAUUCUUAGAGUCUUACUACUACACCUGCUCCACAGACAGUUUAAGAAUCAACAACAGCGGCAGCUACUACUUAAGAUACUCAAUAUUCAUAAACUGCAACUUAAACGAAAGUGAUAGUAAUUACUUCUACUUAAACACCUUUGAAUAAUAAAAUAAAUAUUCUAAUGACUAAUUCACCUCCAAUAUUCAGAUUAAAACCAUAUAAUCUUUUAGUAGUCGCUGGACAGCAGCUAAUCUACCCACUUCCUUUGGUGUUUGAUAAAGAAAAAAAUACAGUUGUAAUUGCAUUAAGCUUAGAUAGAAAUUAGAACUUCAUUGCUCUUAAAAAUUCAAAAAUUUAUGCUAGUCCAACAACUUUGGAUGCUGGAGAUCACUUAUUGACAUUGAACCUAACAGACAAUGGAUAUCCCACUUCAAAAAGUAUUUACAAGAUAAAGCUAACUGUGGUCAAACCAGUAAAUGAUGCAUUGAAUAAGAGCAGCACUUCUUCAAAUAGUACGGUGAAGAACAGCACUAUAUCAAUACCCACAACAACCCCUGCUGCUCCAACUUACAUUCCCUCAAAAGAGGUUUAGAUGCUAUCAAGUCAAUUUAAAGCAUCCAUUUAAAGUUUGAAUAAAAAAGGAGAAGUAGUCAUUCAGCUUAAUAAUUAGGUGACUUUUAAUAGCUCAACUGGUAAAUUCAAUGAAAUAGAAAUCCAGCCGAUUCUGUCAUAGCAAGAUUCUCAAAAAAUACAAAACUGGACAGUAACUGCAGAUUACAUUGAAGUUGAUUUGUUCUAUAAAGAUCAAAACAAUCAACUGAUAGAUAUGUCCCUAUUUGGAGGUGUAUCUAAACUCUUAUAAUAGUUACCCAAAUAAAUUGGAAAAACAUUCUAUAGGUUGUCGGCAUCUGGUGCAGUCUGGUCAUUAGUAAAUAAUGUUUAGCAGGUUUCUAAUCUGGCUCUAUUUGAUUUAGACAUGCCAUCAAACGCAUAAUAUUUCAAUCAGUAUAUGAAAGAUUUUAACACCUUUAAUGUGAUACCAUAAGUCUAAAAUUCACAGCAAUAGAAUGUCUUAGCCUCCAGACUACUCGAAGAAUCAAGUUCUAAUGACGAUGUUAUACUAAAUAAAUUCAAACUCAUGGGAUAUAAUAGCGUUUAGCUUAUUUCUCAAUUGCAAUUUAUACUACUAAUAAGUGCUUUUGGUAUAAUCUUAAUUGCUAUUGACAAAUCAAUCAUUAUUAUUCUAAGUCUUAUUGUUAAAGUAAGAAAAUAAUCCAUUGAUGAUUUAAAACGCACUAACUUUUAUUUGAUUUAUUUAAAAAUUACAAAGGGAUUAUACUAUACAUGGUUUACUAGGCUAUUUAUUGAAGGUUACAUGAUAGCCUCAAUUAUGGUUUUCUAUAUUUUAAAGUAUCAAGAUGAUCCUUAGACCGCAUAAGAUAAAUUAAAUGUAGCACUAUCUGCCUUUGCCCUAAUUGUAUUGAUAUUAACGCCUACAUUUAUGGGAUACAUAGUUAUUUGCCAAUCGUAUAAUGUACAAAAACCUAAUGAGUAUAGAUAUAUUGAUUUGAUUGAACUGUUUAAUGAAAUUUCAUAUUUAUUCUAGCAAUACUUAUGCUUUGUAUUCACGCAGUUUGUGACUAGUACUAAUGUACAAGUAGAAGCUGCUUGGUUAUUCUGUGGAAUAGUUAUUUUUAUAGUAGCUGGAAAUGUUUUUGCUUAUGUAUCAGUAAUUAUCUAUGAAAUUCUAAAGUUCAUCAAAAUUAAAAGACAACGUUCUCAAACUCAUGAAAAACUGGAAAUAACAGAAAGUAAUUUGACUCUAUCUAAAGAUCAUAUAAGACCAUCAUUGACCACAUUUUUCUAAAAAUUCCUUCAUGAAAAUAUGGAAGAAAGGGAAAGAGAAUUACAAUACAAAGAAUAAAGCAAUCUUAAUAUUGAAUCAUUUACACUAGAUAACAUAGAAAACUAAAACUAAGAAAAUUAAACUCCCUCUGAAGACAAAGAUUAUAAAAAUAUUGGCAAUAUUUAAGACAAUAAAGGCUAGAAAAGCAUUAACAUAAUGAAACCAAAUACUGAUAUCUUAUUCCAUAGACAAAUUUUGAAUGCAGAUGAAGGCUCACAGCAAAAAAGGCAGUCAAUAAAUUUUGAUGAUUCGAUUGAACUAAAGCUUGGAAGAAACUUGAAAGAUAAUACAGGAGAGUAGAAGAAGAUAUUUAAUUCUCAUUUCAAGUAGACUUUGGGGAUGAAUGAAACUAACCAAAAAUUCUUUAAAAAUCACAAGCAAAAGCUGCAGAAUUUCAUUCUAUCAAAUCGUGAGAGUUAGGAAUCUGAUACCAGAGGAAAUAUACGACCAGAUGCUUAGUAACAGAAUACAAUCUUAAAAAUAAACUUUAAAGAUGACCUAAGCAUUUUAAACGAUAAUCACUAAGAUAUUAUAAGGCAAAAACCAUUAUAGAAAAAGAACACAGUUAAAGUUAAUCCUAGCGACCUUUGA